UUGCUUGGUGGGGUGUUGAAGGGAUGAUGGAUUUCUUCUCAAAGUUUUGUUGUGUAAAGGGUUCAGAUCGGAAAAACCAAGGGAAAAAGGACUCAACAUGGAGGAUUUUUUCUCUUAAGGAGUUGCAGUUGGCUACGAAUAAUUUUAACUACGAUAACAAGCUUGGAGAAGGGGGAUUUGGCAGUGUGUAUUGGGGCCAGCUCUGGGAUGGUUCUCAAAUAGCUGUUAAAAGGCUAAAAUCAUGGAGCAACAAGGCCGAGGUGGAGUUUUCUGUAGAAGUCGAGAUACUUGCUCGUGUACGGCACAAGAAUCUGCUGACUUUACGUGGCUACUGUGCUGAAGGCCAAGAGCGUCUGAUCGUCUAUGACUACAUGACUAAUUUGAGCCUACUAUCUCAUCUUCACGGGCAGCAUUCUGCUGAAUGUCAUCUCGACUGGCCGAGGCGGAUGAACAUUGCUGUAGGUGCAGCUGAGGGCAUUGCCUAUCUACACCACUAUGCAACACCCCACAUAAUCCACAGAGAUAUUAAAGCCAGCAAUGUAUUGCUAGACAGUGAUUUUAAAGCUCAAGUCGCGGAUUUUGGAUUCGCAAAGUUCAUCCCUGACGGAGCAACACAUGUAACCACCAGAGUAAAGGGUACUCUGGGCUACCUCGCCCCAGAAUAUGCAAUGCUUGGGAAAGCAUCAGAGAGCUGCGACGUUUAUAGUUUCGGCAUUCUUUUGCUUGAGCUCGCUAGCGGAAAGAAGCCUAUAGAGAAGCUUAGUUCAACAAUAAAGCGCCCGAUCACGGACUGGGCCCUGCCGCUGGCUCGUGAAAGAAACUUUGGUGAACUUGCUGAUCAAAGGCUAAAUGGGAACUAUGUGGAAGAAGAGCUGAAAAGAGUCAUCUUUGUUGGACUUGUCUGUGCAGAUAAUCGGCCCGAGAAGCGACCAACAAUGCUUGAAGUGGUGGAGCUGCUGAAAGGAGACAAGGCGAAAUUUGCAGCUUUAGAGGAUGACGAAAUGUUCAAGGGCAGUGUGGCUGCAGAUUCGGGGACGGAGGACAGCUCGGAGAUUAUGUCGGAGGACAAGGAGCCAAAACAGGAAAUUGAAGAUGUAAAGCCGUAAAGUAUACAUCUGCUGGAUGGUGGGAAACUGAAAACGGAAAGAACUUUUAUGAGUUGGUUUGGUGAUUCUGUUACCUUUAUGUUAAAUGAACUUGUAGGAAUAUUAUUCUUGUGCUCAAGAUUUCUUCAUAUUUCUUUGUAGGUUUUGUACAAUAAACUUCUUAAAUUUUAAGUUGUAAAUUCCAGAGUAAUUGGGCUCUAUUCUACUAAGUUAAACGUAGUU